AUGGAGUCUUCAAACAAUAUUAUGCCACCUAAUCUUAAGCAGAGAAUUGCACUCUACAUUUCUGCUAGAGGAUUGGUGAAUCUAGACGUAAUGAGCAAGUCAGAUCCUUAAGUCGAGGUCUACCUUAAAGACAAAAACACCAAUUGGACACUUGUAGGAAAAACAGAGAGAAUCAAUAACAACCUUAACCCUGAUUUCUCAAAUUUUAUUGAGUGUGACUAUUUCUUUGAAAAAGAGUAGUUUGUGAGAUUUAUGGCCUAUGACAUAGAUGACAACAAAGGGCACAAAGAAUUCAUUGGUAAAGUAGAAACAACUAUAGGAAAGAUAUGCGGAGCACUAAAGUAAACUUUUGUCUCUGAGUUAAAAGACGAUAAGCAUACUAAAUCUAGAGGAAAACUAAUUGUUAGAUUAGAUAGUAUCAAUUCUUCUAAUGAUGAGGCAAGAAUAAAAUUGAGUGCAAAUUUGGUGAGUUUGUCUUCAAUGUGUUGCAGCGCUGUCAAUGAUCCCUAUUUUAUCAUUUCAAGAGCUAGAUCACAGGAAAACAGAGAAGAGUUCGUUAGGAUAUUCAAGGGCGAUGUAAAGCUGAGCAAUAUCAACCCAGUUUGGAAUCCGAUCAAAUUAAAGGUUGCCUAGAUUUGCAAUGGCGACCAUGAUUUGCCAAUUAAAUUUUCAGUUUACUCACAAAUCGAAAGCGGAAAUGACUUAUUCUACGGAGAAGCUGAAACCACAGUAAAUAAAUUAAAAAGCGGAGAUAAGAGACUUAAUCUCUCAAAAAAAGGAAAGAACGGAGGUGCACUUAUUAUCGAUCAGUUUGUGGUAAUAGAGAUGCCCAAUUUUAUGGAAUAUUUAAGAAGUGGCUGGGCAGUAAAUAUGUCUUUUGCCGUUGAUUUCACUGCUUCCAAUGGGGAGUAAUCUCAGUUAAAUUCUCUUCAUUACUAAAAUCCCCAGUCUGGAGUAAUGAACUAAUACGAAUCAGCUAUAUGGGCUGUUGGAAGAGUAGUUGAACCAUACGCUUUAAACUGUUAGUUUGCUACUUUUGGAUUCGGUGGUGUGCCAAGAUUUUUAGGAGCAACAUCAGUAUCUCAUUGCUUUAAUUUGAAUGGCCAGCCAAACCCUUAAAUUAUUGGACUUCAAAAUGUAUUUAAUGCUUAUAAGGUAGCAGUUAAUAACACUUCUUUAAGUGGACCCACCUAUAUGGCACCAAUCUUGAAAGCUUUACUUGGAUAUGUCUAGUAAUGCAUUCAAUUUUAAAUGUAUCACUGCAUGGUUAUUUUGACUGAUGGAGAUAUUGUAGAUAUGACUGACACUACUGAUAUGGUCGUCCAAUUAAGCGCUUUUCCAGUCAGUAUUAUAAUCAUAGGUGUUGGGGAUGAUUCUUUCGAAAAAAUGAAAUAUCUCGAUUCUGAUGAUAAGGUCUUGCAAGGGAAAAGCGGAAAAGCCGUUAGAGAUAUUGUUUAAUUUGUGAAGUUCUAAGACUAUAAAAAUCAGGACAUUGGAGUUUUAGCAGAGGAAGUAUUAAAAGAAAUGCCAGAUUAAAUAGUGGGUUACAUGCUAAUGAAAGGAAUUAAACCACAAAAGCUUGAAUGGGUCUCUGUCGAUAAUGCAGUAUUAUCUCAUAACGAAUCAGCCUAAGUAGAAAUAUAGCAGUAGUUGCCACAAUGA